UAAGGAAAGAAAUACAUAACCUAACACAAAACUUAUAAUUAUUUAGAGAUACAAUAAAAAUUCAGUUAAAUAUGAUUAUAGAAUCGCUGGACAAAUAUUUAGAAACUGUAGCUGGAUAUAUAUUUGAUGAUGAUAAAGUGGUAACUUACAAGUGGUUAAGUAAAGAACUGGAAGUUCAUGUUGAUAUGGCCAAGCAAAUUUUAUGGAAGUUCUGGCAACGAUACAAAGAAGAGAAAAGUUUUGAUUGUACUUUCUUAUUGAUGGGCAUUUUACACGAUGAUGGCAUGCGUGUUGAAGUUGUUAAAGAAAAGGAUUUAGCUACAGCCAAAGAGAAAUAUGCUAAAAUUCUAUCCGAACAUAUUUACAGCCUUCAAAAGGCACUUGCUAAAGUACAGUUACUGGAAAUGACAGAUGAUGGAGACGUCAGAUAUAGUGCAAUUAAAUGUAUCGAAAGUAACGAACGCAGUAACGAGGAAAUGCAUAUAUUACGCUGGGGUGCAAAAUCAAAUGAAGUACAGCCUGUUUCCGAAGAAAAAAUAAACUAUGUAUCCGAACCGGUCAAAAUGAAAGAAGAAAUAAGCCCAGAGAAAAAAUCAAUGGAUAAAAAGAAAAAUGCUCAGAAGAAAGGCUUUGAUAGUCUUUUUGGGAAAGUUGCUAAUAAGCAGAAAACUAUUUCAACAUUGUCUAACACAAAGAAAGUAGAAACAGAUUCUACAAAGCAAACAUUGUCAAAGGAAGAUGUACCCAAACCACAGAAAAAGAAUGCACAAGGUGGGCUCAGUAGCUUUCUCCAACAAAAUAAAAUUGAAGAAAAAGUUAAAAAUACAGCAUCUCCAGAAUCUAACACAAAUACCGAUUGUGUAUUAAAAGAUAUUACAGAAAAAGAAACUAUUUUAGAAAAUAAGAAAGAACGAAAUAAAAAUCGACACGGGAAGAAACGUAAUCGAAGCAAGGAUAUUAGUUCUGCUACAAAAAGACGAAAACGCAUUACAAUCCAGAGUGAUUCCAGCGAUACGGAUGAUAAAGAAGAAAAUGUGGAACUGAUAUCUGAUGAAGAACGAAAAAAAGAAUCUUCACCUGAAACUAUUCCUCCUGUAAAAGUAUCUUCUGAUACUCCACCGCAGGCUAAAGUUGAAAACGGAAAACGUAAAGUUUUGAAAACAGUAGAUCAAACGUUUGAAGAAGAUGGCUUUCUUGUAACAAAAAAAGUGCAUGUUUAUGAAAGUUGUUCCGAGGAUGAAUCAGAAGUUGUAGAAUCAAAGAAAACUGUAGUACCUGAACCACAUCCAGAAAUAAAAGGGAAGAAAAAUAAUAAACAAACAACUCUAAUGAACUUUUUCAAAAAAGUAUAACAUAUUUUACAAUUUAUACUGAGAUGAAAUAGAUACACAUUCACUUGCCAAGUUUAUCAGAUAUGUUAUCACUGAAACCGAACGCAUGUUACACCCUAAAUAUGAGUAAUAGUAAUCAUACUGUAACUGUUGCAAGUGGUUAAUGUGUAUUAAGUUAU